AUGCUCUGCACACGGUGCUGCCGCGCCGCCAUCUCGCGGCGGCAACUGCUGCCCCUCGCGCGGCAGUUCUCGGUUUCCGCGCAAAUACGCUCCGCCGAGCCCAAGCUCUCGACGCCCGUCACCAGCGCCGGCGAUGCGACCGCCGCCUCGAGCAAGCCCGCCGCACCGCGGUCCAUCUGCCCCGAGGGCACCGUCCUCAGCGGCCUCAACUUCACCAAGGGCGGGCAGGACCCCGUGGCGCUGAAGGACGAGGACUACCCGGAGUGGCUGUGGUCGUGCCUCGACGUGAUGAAGAAGGGCGCCGACGCCGCAGACGAGAACGCCGGCGACGAGUUUUCCAAAUCCAAAAAGCAGCGACGACUAGCGGCCAAGCGGCAAAAGACGCUCGAGGCGAAGCUCCUGGCCGAGGGCAACCUCGAGGCGCUGGCGCCAAAGGUGCCUCUGCAGCACCAGUCGGUCAAUCUGCCGGGCGAGGCGGGCGGCAGCGUGCAGCACAACAUCGAGGCCGCGGACAAGCGCGAGGAGUUGAGGAAGGCCAUGCGCAAGGAGAGAAAGGCCAAGAUCAAGGAGGCCAACUACCUCAAGUCCAUGUAA